GAUGAGAAAGAGAAAGGACUACACGAUCGCUGCUCAAAAGGCAGAGGCUGAAGCACGUGGUAGAACUAGUACUCGUCAUCCCACUUAUCAACGUUCAACAUCAAAACAAGCUUCUGAUGACUCGCAGUUCCAUCACAUGCGCAAGAAUCCGUAUAUAGAUUUUUUUCUCGAUUCCCCCGAAGAUACACAGAAGCCCAAGGGCGGCAUACAAACUCCAAGGGCAUACAACACGCACGACCACGGAGGAAGUGGAGCAAGACCGGCACCUCCUGGGCUUGAAUAUCAACAUUUACUGCAAGGAAACCUUCCGCGAUUCCUUCCCUCAACGACUACGACAUCUAAGUCUUCUUCUCAGAAACAGGCUCAACAAGCCAACCGCAGCACCGCGAUACGCAGUGCGCGCUUCUCUCAUGCUACAACGGCUAAAGUGCACCCUUCAACAACCACGUUUGCUUCUACAUCUACUGCAUAUCAACAGAACAAUCUACUCGACAUAGUAGAAGGAAAACCGAAAAAAGACCAGA